AUGACGGCACGAGCAGUAGUGGGAAAGUGCGUAAAAUGUGUACGAGCUAGUCCUAAGUUUACUACACUUCUCAUGGGGCAACUUACUAAAGAUAGAGUCCCAAUGUCAAGACCAUUUUCUAUGAUCGGCGUAGAUUUCGCUGGUCCCUUUAUUAGAAGUGGAAUUUGUCGCAUUACAGGAAAUAAGGCAUGGAAAAGUGUAUUAAUUUGCUUCGCAACAAAAGCAGUGCACCUGGAAAUUGUCGAGGAUAUGACAAGUAACGCCUUCAUGGCAUGCCUGAGGUGAUUCCAAGGCAAGUUCAGUAAUACACAGUGAUAAUGGAACCAAUUUUGUAGGGGCUCAAUGAGAGUUGGCUUCAAUCGUCAAAAAAAGGGGCUCUGCAAUGGCAAAAGAGAGAACCGUAUGACGCUUCAACCUAACCAAUACAAUUUUUAAUUUAAAUUUAUCAAUGUAUGUGUUUGUCAAUGUAGUCAUUACAAAGUGAACUUCUCUUAUUUAGCUAUAUUUUAUUUUCUAUUGAAACAAAUAUAAUUAAGUGUAACCAAACCUAUGUAAACUGUAAUAUAAAUACAUAAAUGUAUUAGAGCUAUAGAUGUCUGUGAAAACAUAUUGUGUUAAUAUUUGCUUUUCUACCUAUGUGUAUUUGUGUUUUGAGUUCUAGGUGUAAUAGGUAUUGACUGUUUAAUUAUUUUGAAAAUGCUGAUUUAUUUCAGAAUUCUUGGAUAUACUUACCUUUUGCUAGUGUACCUACAUCAAUUUCUCUACCAGCCCGAGUAACAAACAUUUUUAAACUUCAUCUGCUUUGUAUAAAACCAUAAGAUUAGUAAUUUUUGACAACGGCUCUAUGUUAUCUAAAUGACAUUUAUGUUCUUAUAUAGUAAAUAUAAAUUACGCCCCUAUCACACCUAUUGAAAUGGAACGUUCUUUUAGUCAAAAUAGGAGUAUCCUCCAACUGUACUGUCACUAUUUUUUAUUUGUAAACCUUCAACAAUAUGUUAUUUCUCAUUGAUUUGUUCUAGAAUAAUAAUCCUAGUUUUAAUAAAUCAAAAAAGCUUGAAAAUCACUGAUGUAAUUGAAGAAAACAGCGAGGGACCUGAUCAAAUAAAGAAAUAUUGUGGAAGUUCGUAUAGUGUCUUAAAAGAGCAGAAGGCUUUGAGCAGCAUUACUUUUAUGAAAGCACUAUCAUCUAGUUACUUAAAGCAAAAUACUUUAUAUAAUAUAGAAUGUAAUAAAUAUAAAAUAUAA